UCGGGCUAGUGGUGGAUCGACUAAAAAUGGAAAACUCUAUUGCCAAUUAUUACGCCUACAGUGACGAAAACGUAAUAAAUUGGUCCACAGAAGCCGGGGGAAUGAUAAAGGACAUUAUAAACCACGUUACAGAAGCGAUUCUUUCGAAAACUCUAGAAGCAACGGCUACUGCGGCCUUCAUCAACAUGACCACUAUCGAGGGUAAGCGGUUGUGCGUAAAAGCGAGUGCCGUCGGUUUACAAGUGGUCGGUGAUGAUUACGACAAAAUCGAUAGGGAUUGUCCUGAGAACGUGGCGUACGAAACACCGUACGCUCUGCUUACCGAACAAAGUCCUUCGUAUGUAAAUUCUUUCGGCAACCACCUAGCCGACGCUCUAACCAAGCAUCUCCGGGGGUCGGAAAAGGCUGCAACUAGUGAAAAUCUAUCGGAUGUAGAGUAGAGACGAUUUAUUA